UUCCCUUGGCAUGGCGUUGUCUCAGAAAGGGACAAGUAGCACCUUCUCCACACCCAUGUUUGUCUCUUUCACCCUCAAUCUCUGAACACCAACUUCCAAUUCAAACCCUUCUUCUUCUUCUUCUUCUUCUUCUUCUUAUGGUGACCCCUUUAGAUAAACUAUCUUCACAUUACUUGUCUCUUACACUGCAUAGGUUUUGUCCUUUAAAGUUUCGUCCUUUUGUUUUUCUCCCAUUUUCCACUUUCCAUUCCUUUGUCACAAACAUAGCGUAAUUUUGUGGCAAAGCCAAAAGGGCUUCUGAAUUUUGUGUGGUUGCGGUGGUUUCGGUUGUUGACUAGUAAAAGUGAGUUCCUUUUUAAGCACAGUGGUUGGUGAAGUUGUUUCUGAGACUUGGGAAGGUUCCCAAUUUGUCUUGUAGUGUUAAUUUUCUUCCGGGACUGGGAGGAGCAAUUAGUCCACCUUAGUGGCUAUUUCUUCCUUUAUUAUUGUUGUUAUUGCUAUUAUUUUGGAUCAAUCACUUGUGGCAUUUGGAUAAAAGAAGAUGAGGGGUGGGAAGAGGAGCAUGAUAAAGCUUAAGUUUAGCAAGAUCUACUCAUUUGCUUGUGGAAAAACAACCUUCCAGAGAGAUCAUUCAAGGAUUGGGGGACAUGGUCAUUCCAGGGUGGUUGUGUGCAAUGAAGCAGAUAGGUUUGAGGGAGGGGUUUUGAGUUAUGUUGAUAAUUCUGUUAGGUCCACAAAAUACACUGUUGCCACUUUCUUGCCAAAGUCACUGUUUGAGCAGUUUAGGAGGGUGGCUAAUUUCUAUUUCUUGGUGGCUGGCAUCUUGGCCUUCACAAAGCUCACUCCUUACACUGCUGUCAGUGCUAUCCUUCCUCUGUCUAUCAUCAUUGGGGCAACCAUGGUGAAAGAGGGCAUUGAAGAUUGGCGCAGGAAAAAGCAGGAUAUUGAGGUGAACAAUAGAAGAGUUAUAUUGCAUAAAGGUGAUGGCGUUUUCGAAUAUACUGAAUGGAAGAAUCUGAAAGUUGGGAAUAUAGUGAAGAUAAUGAAGGAUGAAUUCUUCCCUGCUGACCUUCUACUGCUUUCCUCCAGUUAUGAGGAUGCAGUCUGCUAUGUUGAGACCAUGAACUUGGAUGGUGAGACAAAUUUGAAGUUAAAACAAGGGUUGGAAGCAACUUCUUCCUUACACGAGGACUUUAAAUUCCCUGAUUUUAGAGCUGUCAUCAAAUGUGAAGACCCAAAUGCUAAUUUGUAUUCAUUUGUUGGGAGCAUGGAGUUUGGAGAGCAAAAAUAUCCCCUUUCUGCUCAGCAACUUCUUCUGAGAGACUCUAAACUUCGUAAUACAGAUUAUGUGUUUGGAGCAGUCAUCUUUACCGGUCAUGACACAAAGGUUAUUCAAAAUUCCACUGAUCCCCCUUCAAAAAGAAGCAAAAUUGAAAAGAAGAUGGAUAAGAUUAUUUACUUCUUGUUUUGUGUUUUAUUUCUAAUUGCAUUUGUUGGAUCUAUUCUCUUUGGCAUUUCAACCAAACGUGACCUGGACAAUGGGUUAAUGAAAAGAUGGUAUCUAAGACCAGAUAGUUCCACAAUUUUCUUUGAUCCAAAAAGAGCAGCUGCAGCUGCUAUAUUUCAUUCUUUAACAGCCUUAAUGUUAUACAACUUCUUCAUUCCUAUCUCCUUGUAUUUCUCAAUAGAGAUUGUCAAAGUCCUUCAGAGCAUCUUCAUCAAUCGAGAUAUCCAUAUGUACUAUGAAGAAGCGGACAAACCAGCUCGAGCCCGUACUUCAAACUUGAAUGAGGAACUUGGUCAAGUUGACACAAUACUGUCCGAUAAAACUGGAACUCUAACUUGCAACUCAAUGGAGUUCAUAAAAUGUUCUGUUGCUGGAGUAGCUUAUGGCCGUGGUGUGACAGAGGUUGAGCAAGCCUCGGGUAGAAGUAACGGUUCACCUAUUCUUCAUGAGCAUAUUAAUAGAUUAGAAUCAAAAUCAAAUGAAAUCAGGGACUCUCCUGAUAGAAAAGAACCUAUCAAAGGUUUUAACUUUACAGAUGAAAGGAUAAUGAAUGGAAACUGGGUUAAUGAGCCUCAUGCAGAUGUUAUCCAGAAAUUUUUUCGCUUAUUGGCAAUUUGUCAUACUGCCAUACCAGAAGUGGAUGAGGAAACAGGAAAUGUUUCUUAUGAGGCUGAAUCUCCAGAUGAAGCAGCAUUUGUGAUUGCUUCAAGAGAAGUUGGUUUUAAAUUCUACAAAAGGACUCAGACUUGUUUGUCAAUGUAUGAGUUGGAUCCAGUUUCUGGCAAUGAAGUUGAAAGAACAUACAAGCUUCUCAAUGUUUUAGAAUUCAAUAGCUCAAGAAAGCGGAUGUCAGUGAUAGUGAAAGAUGAAGGAGGAAUAAUUUUUCUACUCUGUAAAGGUGCUGACAGUGUCAUGUUUGAAAGGCUUGCCGAGAAUGGGAGGAGGUUUGAGGAGAAAACUCUGGAACAUGUGCGUGAAUAUGCUGAUGCAGGUCUAAGGACCCUAAUACUGGCCUACCGUGAACUUGAUGAAGAAGAAUACAAGCAGUUUGAUGAUAAAUUUUCUGAAGUAAAAAAUUCAGUAGCUGCAGAUCGAGAAACGCUGAUAGAAGAAGUAUCGGAUAAGAUGGAGAGGAAUCUAAUCCUUCUCGGUGCCACUGCUGUAGAGGACAAGCUCCAAAAUGGGGUUCCUGAUUGUAUUGACAAGCUUGCCCAAGCAAAGAUUAAGGUUUGGGUUUUGACUGGGGAUAAAAUGGAGACUGCCAUCAAUAUUGGUUUCUCUUGUUGCUUGCUUAGACAAGGAAUGAAGCAGAUUAUAAUUCAUUUGGAGAUUCCAGAAAUUCAAGCACUGGAGAAGGUUGGAGACAAGAGGGCUAUUGCCAAGGCAUCAAGGGAAAGUGUGCACCAUCAGAUAUCUGAAGGGGCUCAACUGCUUUCUGCAUCCAGAGGGGCCUGCCAACAGACUUUUGCUCUGAUAAUUGAUGGAAAAUCACUUACUUAUGCUCUAGAGGAUAAUAUGAAGAACAUGUUUCUAGAGCUUGCAAGUCAUUGUGCAUCUGUUAUCUGCUGUCGCUCAUCCCCAAAGCAGAAGGCUCUGGUUACUAGGCUGGUCAAAUCUGGAACUGGUAAAACAACAUUAGCUAUUGGUGAUGGAGCUAAUGAUGUUGGAAUGCUUCAAGAAGCAGAUGUAGGGAUUGGAAUCAGUGGUGUUGAAGGAAUGCAGGCCGUCAUGUCUAGUGAUAUUGCAAUUGCACAGUUCCGGUAUUUGGAAAGAUUACUUCUUGUACAUGGACAUUGGUGUUACCGGAGGAUGUCAUCAAUGAUAUGCUAUUUUUUCUACAAGAAUAUCACAUUUGGCUUCACUCUAUUCUUGUAUGAGGUGUAUGCAUCAUUCUCUGGACAGCCUGCAUACAAUGACUGGUUUUUGUCUCUCUAUAGUGUCUUCUUUUCAUCACUACCUGUGAUAGCCCUUGGGGUUCUUGAUCAGGAUGUAUCCGCCAGGUACUGCCUGAAGGUAAGUUGACUGUUUAUCGACUAAGAAUAUGUUUUAGAUUCUCAGCUCAGGUCCUUCAAAUGGUCAUUUGCAAAUAGUAGAGAAUUUCUCCUUUUCUUGUCCGUUAUG